GCACGGGUGGCAUUUUGUUGGUUUUCUCACGCCCGCGUUGUGUUGUGGUAAGCCAGGCGGCUGACAGCCAGGCCCCGCUGCACCACAUCAUUCACAGCAGCCCGGUGGAGUUCAACGGGGGGAGCGGAGAAGGGGAAACCCCCACCCAGACAACGACAAUAGCGAUGUGACACGGCGACGAGAACAGAUAGCAGAAGAGGAAAGAGGAAAUCCUGAUGAAAUUUCAGCCUCUCCAGAGAUUCCUGAUGGUAAAACACCAGAGAGGAUGGAAAAAGGAUACACUGUGGUGGCUGAGACGGUAGAAGAUGGUAGAGAACAAAAUUCUGAAGAGCAGCAUGAAACUAAUACACUAUCAGGACCAGCACACAUUACUGGAGAAAAGGGAACCACAGCAGAUGGUUCAGGAAAAGCUCAUAGAUCAGUUCCUGUGGAGACUCCCUCUGAAGACCUCCAGCUAUUGGCACAAUACAUGAUCAUCACAGACACCUACCAGGAUGCGGAUCAUACCUUAGCUGAGUUGCAAGUAGAGGAUAUGAUUACACUGGAUAUGGACAAUGAUGUGCAGCUGAAUGCACCCAAGAUGGACUCUGCACAACUCAUGAUGGAAAGUGCAGGCAUCAAAAAAAUGUCUGUGACUGGAAAUGCAAGUGCAAUAGGAGAAUUGAGCUUUGCGAGUACAGAGAAAGAACAUUAUCCAGGAACUGAGCAGAACAAUGGCAAAACCGUAAAAGAUGAAGUUUUUGGCAAAGCCAACAAAAAUGAUCAUUUGAUUGUGGUUGGCUGUGAACCAAAUAAGAGCUCAGUUAGGGAUGGCAAGCACGCUAAUAAUGAAGUGAAUCCAUUGAAAGGGCACACUGACAACGAUAGGACUUCAGAUGCCAUGGACAAAAACCAGGUGGAUCUGUGGGCUGAAAGUGAGCUCAAAGAUAACAAAAGGUCUGCAGAGGAGAAAGUUAGAAGUUUGACAGGUUCCAAACCAAGUUGUGAAUCCAAAGCCAACAAUGACUGUGGACAAUCUAGAGACAGGCCAUCUGUUCGUGGUAAAAGCAAUAACCAAACUAACAAACAAGGAAGUUCGAGGAAGGAGAAUGAUGAUGGUAGAAAGGACAGACACAGAGAGAAGGAUGAUCACAAACACAGAUCUUCACAUUCAAGAACUCAAAGUUCAGAGAGAAGAAGGAUGGGGAGAGGAAGGAGUCGGAGCUCAGAGAGGAGGAAGAGGAGUCGAAGCUCAGAAAGGCAAAGGAGGAGUUGGAGCUUCGAGAGGAGAAGGAGGAGUCGGAGUUCGGAGAGACGAAGGAGUAAAGAAAGGAGGUGGCUAUGUUCUUUGCAGACUUCAAGAUCCAGAAGUUGUCACAGAAGAUUUUCCAGCGAAAAGAGAGAUUCAUAUAUAGAGAAAACUCGCAAGCUGAAAGAGCAACCAUGGAGGUUGAAUCCAAAGGAAGCAUUGUGGGCUUUUGAAAGACGCAGGGAGCGUGAAAUAUGGGAAGAAGAAGCUAGAGAGUUAUUGGAAAGGGACCUUGAUCGACUCCAGCUUGAGAGGAUGUGUCUUGAAAGAGGGAGACUGGAUGAAUCUUUUCCGAUAAGGCAGAGGUUCUUGUUAGGGGAGGUAGAAAAGCAAGCACAGGAACGAACUUACCAACAGAGGGAACAGCUGCUACAGAAAAUGUACUUGGAAGAAGCUGUAAAACGACAGUUUUUUGAUAUUGGACCACAUGGAGCAUGGGAACGAGAAACAAGACAAGAGUGGGAAGGUAGAGAAUUGGACCAAGUAAGGUACGAAAGAUUACGUCUUGACAGAAAAACACUGGAACCUGAGACACAGGAAAGGUUACCAUUCUUCUUAGCUGGGGAGGCAGGGAAAGAACAGGAGUAUAAUUUCCUUGAAAGGGAAUGUCUACGCUCUAAGACAUAUUAUGAAGAAACUUUGAAAAGACCUGACACUGGGUAUAGCCACCAUUUGAGUGGUGAUCCUAGCUGGAAGAUGGAAGGAUUCCACGAUCUUUCUUCCCAGGGGAAGCUGGGAACAGAUCUGACAUGGGACACAGCUGUCCAGAGGAGCCUGAAAGGCUUAUACAGAAUGGAACUAGCAGAGGCUCAGAGGACUGACCCUUCACUGGAAGCUGUGCGAUAUCAGGCCAUGUAUCCCAGCAACAAAACAAAUACUGACCUUGGGGGUACAUUCCUGUACAAAGAGGGGAUAUUGGUUCGGCGAUGGAGUCCAAAGGAAGGCUUUUUCAAGGGUUCAGAAGUAUUUGAGGAGGUAGUAGUCCCUGAGAUAUAUCGUAGUGAGAUAUUAAAGGUUGCUCACAACAUACCUUGCUAUGAACAUCAAGGCAUUAAACAUACAGGACGCCGUACGCUGCAAUAUUUCUACUGGCCAUCCGUUUUCAUUGAUGUGGCUCAUUAUUGUAAAGUAUGUGAAAAAUGUCACUAUUCACAUAAACAGGGGGAUGUGGGCAAUCUGGGGUUACGUCCACUACCUACUAUCAACAUACCAUUUAAAAGAGUGAGCAUCGAUGUAGUGGGUCCAUUGCCUUUCACAACAAACUCUGGAAAGAGGUAUAUUCUGAUGAUGGUGGAUUGCGCAUCCAGAUAUCCAGAUGCAACAGCACUUGUCUCAGUGGAAGCAGACAUUGUCGCCAUGGCCUUGCUUGUAAUGUUUACACGUGUUGGGUUUCCAGAUGAGAUACUGUCCAAUCAGGGUGAAAAUUUUAUGUCCCAAUUGGUUAUGCAGCUAAAAAGGCAGUGCCAAGAGAAGCAGCUCCGCAGCAACUCAUACUAUCCCCAAGUAAAUGAGCUGGUAGAGAAGUUCAAUGGGACAUUGAAACAAAUACUGCGUACCUAUGCUGAGCAGAACCCCUGUGACUGGGAUGAAAAGCUGCAAUACCUUCUGUUUGCCUGUAGGGAGAUGCCACAGGACUUGACUGGGUUCUCACCCUUUGAACUUCUAUAUGGGCGCCGAGUAUAUGGGACUUUGUUUCUGAUCAAAGAGGCCUGGUUAGGGAAGUGCUUUGGCACAGAUAAAUACAUAGUGGAGCAUGUGCUGAAUGCAAGGGAUGCCUUACUUGAUUUAAUUGAAAAUAUUCCAGAUGAUCGGGAACACUCUAUAUAUGGCCGAAAUCUCUGGCACUGCCAUAAUGCUGGAACCCGGGCAUAUGAUGUGGGUGAAAGAGUGCUGGUACUACAGCCUGUAAAACGACAAAAAACACAGCUUCACUGGGAAGGCCCUUAUACUGUAGUGGAGCCAGGAAAAUACGUGUAUUAUACAAUUGAAAUACCAUUUAAUAAAUUUCGAAUUUACCAUGUUAACAUGAUGAAGCCUUACCUCGAUUCCUAGGUAGUAGAGUAGAACAUUUGAUUUUUAGUUUGUUUCCUUGUUUUAGAGAUUGUAUUAUUUCCAAAAAAAAUUUUAAGACCCAAAAACAGUAAAACACCCAAACCUGCAUGCAAAUGGUGAAUAUCACGUUACAGAUAUCCUGUAUAUUCACCCUCUUACUGUGUGCGACCUGUUUCAUCUUUAAAAAGAAACAUGCAUGAUCUUUGUCAAAGAUAAACGGUCAUUAAAUUUCUGGACAAAAAUGGUUGACAAACGAAGCUUUAAAAGCAAAAGGGAUUUGAAGGACAGGAAGUCUUUUGUAAUUUGUAUGUGAACAAAUUGUCAACAUCUGAUCUGUUGUCUGUACUUGAAGGAGAUGAUGAUUUGAGUGGGUUGACAGAGAGGGCUGAGUUUACCAUGAGUGAAAGAAGCUGUUAGUUGCCAGAGAUUACAAUUAAACUAGAAGGGUAAUUAAUUAGAUUUAUUCAGUGUACAUUUAUUGAUAUCAUUAAAUAUAUAUGUACUUUUCAUAUUUACUGAGUAUUGUCUCAUAUUGCUGUUCACUGCUGUUUAAAUAAAGUAAUUAGUUUUUUUAGUCUGUAAACAUAUGGUCUUAUCCACUGUUCAGAAAGAAUUAGCCAAGCACUGUACAAAACUACAAGAAAUUCACAAUAGAUUACUGCCAGAGAAGGUAUUGUUGGCCCUUGGUUAUGGAAUACAAGAGUAAACACAGGAAAGGCUGUUGUUUCUGAAUCAUAAGUCUGCAUUGCAAGAAUACCAUUUUGGAAGUUCAUGGAGAAAAAUAAGUUACUAAAAAUCCAGUGAUAAUGGGAACUGCAGAUGCUGGAGAAUCCAAGAUAAUAAAA